AUACGAACCAUAGCCUUCGAUGUACCUCUCGCAUAUGUCGACUGUGCACACAAAGAUGAGAUUAUAAAGAUCAUCUCUCCUGACCACAUCUUUCCUCGACAAAUAGCCAUUUCACUCUUUCUACUUCUCAACAACGACAAUCAAUCAGAAAAUAACGACAUGAAGCUCAGCAAAGGACUCACUCUCACCGCCUUGUUCUGCACUGCUCACAGUCUACCGGCUAUACUUGAUGGUGAAAUUUCAGUUACUGGAAAUGAUGGAACACGUCAAGACCUAUCGGUUCCACAGGUGAAAGCUGACGUCCCGGCUGAGAGCGAGGGACGUGACUUCAUUGGCCAUCUUGAAAAACGCACCAACGUCGGCGACUUGCCUGGCAGGGUACUAAAGAUCCCGAGUAAAGCUGGAUCAGUGACUGCAGCACUGGGUGUUAUCACUAUUCAAGCGAUAGUCAAUCAGGCCGAGCAGUUGUCUUUUAUAAUUUCGAACUCGGACCUCGUCGCACAAACAAUCGAGAUACGAGAGCAAACUGCACAUGUGGCCGCCGUGAUUGUUCAAGUCGCUGCUCAGCACAUGAUACCCUAUAAUCCCUAUGGCGGUCUCAAACCUGGCCAAACCAUCAACUUCGUGCAUUACAAGUCGAGUUAAAUCAUCUUCUAGCUAGUUGGAGGAUCACGCUCGAAGUGGCAAAAUUCGAUAAGAGUUUGAAUGUGGAAUUUGGAAAAAUCUUUGUCUUCUAAUUAACAUCUCUACUUACAUUCGUGUUGAAUGAAUUCAAGAACAGUCUUUCAA